AUGCAAGAGCACAAGCAGGAGCAGCCCCAGGUCAAGGUCCUCACCACCACUGAACUCCUUGAGAUCAUUCUCCUCCACCUCGACACUCGCACACUCCUCGUCUCAGCCGAUCGAGUAUGCCAAACCUGGAAAGUCCUCGUUCAGACCUCGCCAGCAAUCCAACAAGCACUAUUCUUCCGGCCCGUACCCAACCCUAACUCAAAAAAGGCAAAAUUGCAUGGGCAUGCAAAAUCAAUCUGGAACUCUCUCCUUUCAUCCCCCCUUGAAAAGGACACAAACUCAGAGCAAGGAAGUAUGAAUGAAGAGGAAUCUCCAUGCACACAACCUAUCUACAAUUCGCUCUUGGCACAAGCCUUUCCGCCAUUCUUCCCCUCAGUCUAUGAAGGGAAUUUGGUGGCGAACGAGGAGAAAAAGACGAGUCGAUUCUCUUUCAAAGACCUUGACAUGCUCUCAUCCCCUGAAAAGAAAACCGCGUAUAUGAGAAGAGAAGCCAGCUGGCGAAAGAUGCUCCUCCGCCAACCGCCUGUAUACGGAGGCGUCGCCAUCUUCAAAAUGGACCACAACAGAGGCGGGGACAGAUAUAAAUGUUAUCAGCAGGUCUCGCAAAAAACCCUUGGGUUCGAUGAGGCCCUAAAAAUGGGCCACUUGUUUAGGACCGUCAUACGAAAUUCCGACAUCUACUUUGGCUACUUUGGUGAAACGCGCAUCUACUGGUCCGCCUACGUUCCGCCCUGCACGCCCGGCGGCCGCUACCCACCCCAAGACGGGUCAUUUUAUCCAACGGUGCAAAAUGGAUUUGCGAAGGCGAUUAAGAGAUCUGAGAUUGUCGUAUUUUCGAGAGAGACGGUUCAGGGCUAUGUUAAUCAUGGGGAGGAGAUAGAGUUAACCGAUGAGGAGAAUUUGCGGAAGGAGAUUUUUCAAGAAUGCGGAAAGAAAUGA